UGUCCAACAUGCCAUGAAAGCUGGCAGACAUAGAGGGGAUAAACUAGGAGGCGAGAGAUAUAUAAAGAGGCCUCACUGUCGCGAAACUGUGACGACUGAAUCUUCCAUCAUCACGCAAACAACACACUUCACAAACUCAAACGUUCCCAAUCCUAAAGACAGCUCAAACAAGACACCGCCAUAAACCAUCAACAACAUGUCCGGCAUCGUUCACAAGAUCAAGGAGGCCGUCCACAGCGACAGCAAGUCUCACAACGCCCCUGAAGGCACUCACGGCCCCCAUAGCAGCCGUGUCGCCAACGCCGCAGAUCCCCGCGCCGACUCUGACCGCGAUCACUCUUCGACUCUCGGCACCGGCCGCACCGCUGGCCACGGAGAGUUCGGAAACACUGGCUACGGUACCGGCGCCACUACUGGCGCCGGUCGCACCGCAGGCCACGGAGAAUUUGGCAGCAGCGGCUACGGUACCGGCACCUCGGAGGGCGCACACGGUCCGCAUGGCGGCCGCGUCGAAAAUGCCAUGGACCCUCGUGUCGACUCCGACUUCGACAAUUCCCGCACCAUGGGCGCUGGCCGCACUGCUGGUACCGGCGCCGGUGCCGGCUUCGGCUCUGGCACCCACCACACCCCAGGUGGUCUCGGUUCCGGUACUACUGGCAUGACUGGCACCCACAACACCCCAGGCGGUUUCGGUUCCGGUACUACCGGCAUGACUGGCACCCACCACACCCCAGGCGGCGCCGGGUCCGGCAUGACCGGCAUGACCGGCACCCACGGCGCGCCCGAAGGCAGCUAUGGCCCGCACAGCAGCCGCAUGGCUAAUGCCGCCGACCCACGCGUCGACUCGGACCGUGACGGCCGCGGCGCUAUCGGCACCGGGCCCGGCCCUGCGCCCAACACCGCCGGCCAGCACCGGAGUGACAUAGCCAACAAGGCGGACCCCCGCAUCGACUCGGACCUCGACGGCAGCCGGACCAUGGGAGGCAACAAGACCUAUCAAUCUGGCGCGAUGUCGGCACACCGCGACCCAACCGACGCCUCCCAAGUGCCUCCUUCGGUUUUGAAGAAGCACCUCGGGGGGCCGUCGAUUGAGCACGAGGACGCCACCCACCAUCGCGAGAGGCGCAACAGUAUCAAGACGCAUCAGGAGUCGUUCAGUGGUAUCUGAUUUGGUCUUCCUCGGUUGGAUGGAUAGCCGGGCAGAAUGUAUCAUGACGGGUUAUGAAGUCUUUUCUUUUGUUUUGUCAUUGUACUCGGACUGUACUAUUAGCAGAUACCACGCAGCACGAGGUUAUCCCCCUACGAUCAUAUUGGUCGAAAUUUGAAGACCGUUGCCGUUCGAAAAGAAAAUGGUUCCUUGGACUAAACUCUUGUCGCGCGAUUCGUAUCGGUGUUGUCUCUCGGUCGUCUCGCCUACCCUACCGCCGCCACUUCA